CUUCGACCGGGUCAUCUUCUCCCAUCCCUCAACCCCGGUCGAAUCCCAACCCUAGCAUCCCUGAACCACAACCAUUAAACCAGAUGCCCGGUGACCUUUUUGCGGAGAGGGAGGAGCCGGUAAACGACGAACCGGCCCCCUACGACCCGGAAAAAGAGACCCGGGACCAGUGGGUGGAGAGGUUAGAUGCAGCCGGUUACUCUCCCCUCCCCACCUCCUUCGUUAUAGACAUCUACCCCCAUGUCUCCAAAAUAGCCCUGAACAAGGCCCGUAGGAACCUCCCGGUGGGCUAUGUUCUCGAAUUCGACGAGAACUGGCCCAACAUCAUCGAACCUCACCGGGAGGAUAGGAUAGGUUUUCAUAUCGCUUCCUUAGAGAGCGGUAUCGUUUUUCCCCUUCGCCCCCUCUUGGUUGAGUUGUGUCACUGCUUCGGGAUCCUUCCCGGGCAGAUAACACCCAAUGCUCACCGGUUGCUUAACGCUUUUGCUAACAUCUGCACAUCUCUCCACAUCGACCCCUCCCUUCGCCUUUUCCUUUAUAUGUUUGAGGUUCGUCCCGGCAAAUCGGGUUGCGAAGGUUUUGUCUAUUUUAAGGGACGAAACAAUCGUAAGUUCAUCUCUGACCUUCCACAAAGCAACCGCUUGUGGAAGGAAAAAUUUGUCUUCAUAAAAUUUCCCCCCACUGUCACUCCUUUGGCCGGCUUGAAGUGGAGUGAUCAUCUCCUUAAAUACCAGUUCACCGAACCGCCGGCCACCCCGGACCUAGAGGAGAGCCGGGAACAGCUUCUCAAAGGGGACCCCAACACCGGUCAGAUGUACCACUACGGGGGUUGGGUCUGGCGCGUUCAACCGGGUGACGAGGGUACCUCCCAAGUCACCCAGACAACCGGUGGCUCCUCCUCCGCUGCUGCCACAAACAAGCUGGUGCACCCGGAGGCGGUUGUGAUCAAUGAUGAGGACGAAGACCCUCAGACCGGGGGGAUGGGCCAGACAGGGAAUGCGCCGGUGAAUCCCUCCCCCAACAAGGGGAAGGGAAAGAUGAGGACGAAGAAGAUUGCAACCACUCACCCGGCCGCGAAAAGGAAAAGGGGAGAAAGCUCCCCGGUUGGUGAAUCGAUGGAGGAGUUGUGGGUCAAGGUGACCCUUAAGCUGAAAGAGAUGGGCGAGGUCGGCCCAGAUACUUUGGAACAACUCGCCGGUGAUCCGUCCUCCCGGUUAAGCCAACUCGAGCAGCAGCUGAAAAGAUCCGAGGCUCACAACCGGGAGCUCCAAGAUCUGACAGGCCGUCAAUUGGAUGAGGUAGCCAAUCUUGCAAGGAUGGCCGGGGAGGCAGAAGCCAAGGUCAUCCGGCUGAAGGAGGAGAAUCUCAAGCUGAUGGAAGAUUUGGAGCUGAAGGAAAGGGAGUUCCCCGGCAGGGCCAAGCAAUGGGCGGGGGAGAACUUAGAGGAAACGGCCCGGGUGAUCACUUCUACUCCGGAAAUGACGAUGGAGGCCUUCAAGUUCAUCUACCGGGAGGAGUAGGGGAAAGAGAUGAUCAUGCAGAUCGGCUCCUACGGUUUCAUGUCCGGGCAAAAAAGAGACCGGGAGGCUACACAUGCAGUCCUGUCUGAGCGUGACCCGGCCUUUUCUGCUGAAGCCUAUGGCCUGGCCCCCAUCCCGGAUGAUGAGCCUGCACCCCCCUUUCUCUUGCAAUGAAUUCUCCCCGGAUCC